AUGAUUAACUUUUUCAGCAGAGUUUAAAUAAUAAUAUGUUUAAUUAUAAGAAAAUGGAAAAAAGCAUUUGCCCCUGAUAAUAUAUGGUAGGUUUGUGUUUGCGAUCAACCUAUUCCAAAUUAAAGCGUGAUGACAUUUAAAUUUCAAAUUCUGCAAAUGCACUAGUUUUAUUCUGGUAUCUGCUUUAGAGAUAUUAUUUCAAAAGAUUUUAAUGGAUAUGUUUCAAAAAUUGGUCAUGGGUAUUAUAUGAAACUAUAUAAGAUACUAUUUGAUGUGUAAGGAUGGUUUUGUGUAUUCUCAUCAUGACAAUGAAAAAAUGGAAAACCUUUAGGAUUCAAAUAUGCAGUAAAUGAUAUUAUAGAUAUAAUAGUUGA